AUGAGUUCAGCUCCAUCUUCCUCAUCUUUUUACAUGCAUGCUUUUAUCCUUCUUGUCUUGUGCUAUGGCUUGUUAGUCACCUCUGUGGUUGGUGGGAAUAAUGAAACAGACCGGUUAGCUUUGCUUGAGUUCAAAGCCAAGAUCACUGAUGAUCCUCUCCAGGUUAUGAGCUCUUGGAAUGACAGCAUCCACUUUCGUCAAUGGCGAGGGGUUACCUAUGGUCGUCGACAUCAGAGAGUCAUUGUGUUGGACCAGCGAUCUUCGAAACUGGGAGGAUCCAUAUCACCGCAUAUUGGUUUAAAUAGGUUGUCUAGUAGAAUUCCUCCCUCCAUCUUCAAUAUGUCUUCGUUAAUUGUGUUUGAUGUAGGAGACAACCAAAUCCAAGGGCAUCUUCCAUCAGACAUAGGUAUCACUCUACCCAAUAUAGAAGAAAUUUUCAUUUACAUAAACCAAUUUGUUGGACCUAUCCCUAUUUCAAUAUCUAAUGCCUCAAAUCUAGAGCUACUUGAACUUACCGACAAUAAACUAAGAGGAAGAGUUCCUUCUUUGGAGAAGUUAUAUAGAGUUUCAGUUUUUGCCUUGGCUUAUAACGAGCUUGGAAAUGGAGGGGCAAAUGGCUUGAGUUUUCACUGUUCUUUGACAAAUUCUACAUAUCUAACCAUUUUAGCGAUAGGCAACAAUAACUUUGGGGGAGAGUUGCCCAAGUGCAUUGCCAAUUUCUCAACUACUCUCACCAUUCUGAGUCUAAAAAGUAAUAAAAUAUCUGGAAACAUUCCUACUGGAAUAGAAAAUUUGACCAAUUUGGAGUCACUAAAUAUGGGGAAUAAUAAAUUAUCAGGUCAUAUUCCUUUUGAAAUUGGAAAGCUUCAUAAGUUACAAUAUUUGGGUUUAGGCAAGUUGUGA